AGAGGGCAGCAAUGCGCUAACCUUACCAGACCACAACAUGAGCGCGAGGAAGAACAUCUCCCAUCAUGUAUCGCUGUAGAAAAGCAUGAAUCUGCUCCUGUCAUCCAGACUUUUGCGUUAAAAUGCCGUUAAUAGUGAUGUGUGGAUACCCGUGCAGUGGUAAAACCCGACGAGCCCAUGAACUGAGAGAGUACUUCACGAAAAAUACAGAAAGACAGGUUCAUAUAGUCGGAGAUGAAGAUCAGGGAAUUGACAAGAACUCUGUAUAUGCAGACUCACAGAAAGAGAAGAAUCUGAGAGGAUCACUGAGAGCUGAAGUGGAGAGGAAAGUCAAUAGAGGCGACAUUGUCAUUCUUGAUUCCUUGAAUUAUAUUAAAGGCUACAGAUAUGAGCUGUUCUGUCUUAUCAAACAUACACAAACACCCCAUUGCUUGAUGUACUGUUUGACGUCAGCUGAUGUGAGCUCAGAAUGGAAUAAAGGCAGAGAGGCUGAAUCUCAGUACACACAGGAAAUUCUUGAUGCGCUAAUACAGCGUUUUGAAGCCCCUGAUUCAAGGAAUAGAUGGGACAGUCCACUCUUUACUAUUCAACAAGAAGACUCACUUCCAUUUGAAGCCAUCUGCGAUGCGCUUUUCAAAAGAAAAGCACCACCACCUAAUCAGUCCACACAGAGCCAACCGCUCUCAUCCACCAACUUUAUGUAUGAGUUGGACAAAGUUACUCAAGAUGUCCUAAUGGCUGUUCUUGAGUCACAGAAGACCAGCGUCCCUGGAGAUCUCAUUUCCAUUCCUGGAGCUACGGAAAAGAUAUCCUUUAUUCUUGAAUGUUUAGCAUUUCUCUCGCUUUAAAUAUCUUUCUAUUAGUGUUGUCAUAUGUACCAGCACUACCGGUACCAGUUGGUACUUAAAAAAAUAAAUUAAUUAAAGGUUGACGGUACCAGCAUUUCUGUAAUACCGAGUACUGGGUAUAUUCAGUACCCGCUGAUAGAUGCUGCUUUCAAACGCUCCUGUUCAUGUUUGUUUGAUUGCUCUCUGAGCGUCAAAGGUUUCUAUUUACAGCUUGUUUUUACAAGCGUUGAGCAUUGUAGCCGAUCACAAUCAUAUCUGUUGAGUGUGUGUGAUCGCAGUGGCCUUUCAGUAAGUCAGAAUCCUCUUCAAGUCAGAAAAGGCCCAUUCACACCAAGGACGUUAACUAUAACUAUAAAGAAAUAGUUCUAAAAAAAUGAUCUAAAUAUAAAAGAAUAGCAGAGUCCACACCACAACUGUAACUAUAAUAGGGUUUCUCGAGGGAACUUAAGCAUUUGGUGAGCGAACGCAAAGUUUCUUGAGGGAACGCAAGCAUUUGGCGUGCAAACGCAAAAUUUCUCGGGAGAACGCAAACGUUUGGCGAGCGAAUGCAAAGUUUCUUGAGGGAACGCAAACAUUUGCUGAGCGAACGCAAAGUUUCUCGGGGAAACGCAACUAUUUGGCAAGCGAAUGCGGAGCGCAAACAUUUGGAGAACGAUCGCAGUUUCUUGGGGAAACGCAAAAAAUUUGGUGAGGGAACGCAAGGUUUCUCAAGGGAACGCAAACAUUUGGCAAACCAACACAAAGUCUCUUGGGGGAACGCAAACAUUUGGAGAACGAUCGCAGUUUCUUGGGGAAACGCAAAACAUUUGGCGACUAAACGCAGGGAACGCAAACAUUUAGCCAGGGAACGCAAACAUUUAGCCAGCGAACGCAAAGUUUCUCAGGGAAACGCAAAACAUUUGGCGAGCGAACCCAAAGUUUCUCGGGGGAACGCAAACAUUUAGCCAGCGAAUGCAAAUUUUCUCAGGGAAACGCAAAACAUUUGGCGAGCGAACGCAAAGUUUCUCAGGGGAACACAAAUAUUUGCCGAGCCAAUGCAAAGUUUCUUGGGGGAAUACAAAACAUUUUUCUCAGGGAAACGCAAAAGAUUUGGCGCGCGAAUGCAAAGUUUUUCGAGAAAAUGUAACACAUUUGGUGAGCAAACAAAGUUUCUCGGGGUAAACGCAAACAUUUGGCAAGACAACACAAAAGUUUCUUAGGGGAACUAAAAACAUUAGCGAGCGAGCGCAAAGUUUCUCAGGGAAACAAAACAUUUGGUGAGUGAACACAAAGUUUCUCGGGGGAACGCAAAUAUUUGGGGAGCGAACGCAAAGUUUCUCAGGGGAACGCAAAUAUUUGCCGAGCCAAUGCAAAGUUUCUUGGGGAACGCAAAGUUUCUCAAUGAAACGCAAAAUAUUUGGCAAACGAACACAAAGUUUCUCGGGGAAUCGCAAAAUAUUUGCGAGAGAACGCAAAAGCAUUGACGAUUUAUUUUUCCUCCCAUCUCAUUUUUUUUUUUUUCCCACUGCCAUGUCCUUUAGGAGCUCCAUAGCUUUUACUCUGAUUUUUUUUUUUUUUUUUUUUGGUGAAAAUGUAAUAUUGUUGUCUUGCUUUGCUGAGCCACCCAUCAUAGCUAUUUGAUGUUUCUCACUGUGACAACACAGAAAUGUCCUGCCAUAAACGGGCAAAGCAUUAGAAACGAUUACAGCAUGAAACCAAGAUCAAGCCUGGAAUUUUUGACUUAUGCUCGAUUGAGUCUUGCUGACAGAAAGUUGAUCCGUUUAAUGCUAACUGAAGAUGUGUUGUAGUAAUAAACAGGACUUGUGUGCAUGUGAUGAAUACACAGACAUCAAAGAAUGUCAUUUCUUUCUGACGCAGUUGCAGUUCGGUGGCCGUCCAUUACAGCUUUAGCAUUUAGACACGUGGACAUGGACCAGUGCAGGUGGCCCUUUGAAAUAAUACAGAAUUCAAAUGGGAUUUAUUAGAAGUUAAUUUAUACUUGUUCUUUGUUGUCUCGCAACUAAGUCCACAUCCAGUGUUGAGGCAGAGUCUCAACGUUUUUUCAGUAAAUGUGUUUCCAUCGUAGUUUCUUAUCGGAUAAAAAUUAUCCGCCUCAAUUGAGAUGCAACGUACAUUAUUGUAACAGCCCAGUUUUCUUAACUUGUUCAAUACAUCGAACUCACAAGAAGUCUUAACAUGGUGGAGUUGAGGAAACUCCGACGGCAGUUCAUCAGUUACACCAAGAUGCAUCCAACAGAGAACAUUGGACAGAUUGCCAAUAUGUUUGUGCAGUAUCUUAAUAAGAGUAUGCACUAACAGGUGUUUUUAAAUUGUAAUUCUUAAGGUCAUAUUUAUUGUUUUCAAGUUGCAUUUUAAGAAUGUUUUGAGUGCAAUAAAAAUUUGAACUCUU